AACAAGGCAUGCCUCCCUCGCCUCCCUGAGAGUUUCCUGCAGCAGGUGUCUCAGCCACCGCCUUCUCUCCGUCCAUUGUUCUCUUGCAGCGUCAGGCUCUGUGUGCAGUCUCUCAAACGGCAAUUCCCAGCCAUGAAGUCUCUUCUCAUCGUGGUGGUUCUUCUGUCCUCUUGGGAUGCCGCCCUCGCAGGUUUCAAUCUAAUAUCACCAGAAUGGCGCAAGAAAUGCUCUGAGAAUGGUGUCUGCAGAUUUGAGUGCUAUGGAAGUGAAAUGCUGGUCGACUACUGUAUGUCACGUCUAGAAUGCUGUGUCAGAGGAAACCCCGUACCCUGACAUGAGAAGCCAGUCAAUGCCUGCUGCCUUGAAAGCCUUUGACACUGACAUCUUUCAGAAAGCCAGAUGCUAUAGUCAAACUACAAUAUUGUGACGCGCCCCAGUGAAGAAUACUUAGUAUUUUUUCAUGAGCCGUUAAAAUCUCAUGAUCUCAGAUUUGAAGAGUAAAAUGAAACCUUCUCAUAAAGAGUGAGGCUUCUCAUGAAAACCA